GUUGUGAACGACCUGAUAUAUAGCGUAGAUCUUGUGCAGUGAGUCAGUGCAGACUGCCAGUGUGUCUAUUGAUGGCUGAGUUGGAACCGUUUUUUUGCUGUAGGUCAAUAUUCAUAUUAUGCAUAACAUCGUUCAUCUUGCUGAGAAUGUGUGAUGCUCAGCUGCCUAACCCAUGCACAUCGAACUUGGAGGACAGUGGUGAUGUUCAAGAAGGUAUCAAUGUUUUUCUCACACCUGGUGCAAGAGUUGCUCAAGGAACUGAUAUUAUUUUUCUCUGCUGUUUUUACACUGAAACUACUAGAGUUGGAUUUAGUGUCCCAAUUUGGACGAUUGAGCCGAACAGCGAUGUUUUUAUUAUAGGACGUCCAGCGUAUGCUCAAUACCGUGGGAAGAAUUUGGUGUAUCGUUACCUGAACGCAACUGCAAAAGAAAACAUAAACAAUACCAGGGUUAGAUGUAGUUCAUCAAAUGAUUAUGAAAGCAAUUGGACCAAAAUUGUUGUGAUGGGUACACCCCCACCAACUAAUCCUAAGCUGGAAGUGGUUGAAGACACUCUUAUCAUUAGAUGGGAUCCAGUGUUUUCAUGGCCCGAAUACCCAAUAAUUGGAUACAGAGUAACACUUGUUCGAUCUAAUGGGUUGGAUUUGUUUGAUCAAACAACGAACAGUACAAGCAUCAGUAUUCCGAAACAACAAGAAAUUCUCCCUGUUAGAGAAUGUGAAGAGCUGGUGUUCUCUGUUAGUGCCAUCAAUGCACUCGGUGUAGGAGAACAGGGAAGCGUCGCAGGAGGUCUCCCUAAAGCAAAUGGUUUGAUGACAUACAAUUAUACAGUAAAGUUGAUUGUACUCUUUAAUGCUGAACUUAAGCCAAGAAUUAAAUUAUGUUUCAAGACUCCCUCCUUGUGUCCAUACCAAACUCUAAACUACACACUAUAUAUUGAGGGAGAAAUCAAUGGUAACUAUCAAACAGCGGCUAUGAGUGACCAACUCAAGAUUCAGGAUUCACCAGGUGAAAUUCACAUCAACACCCAUCCAAACCUCAGCUUUUCACUGCAAGAACACUACACUGUUUAUGUCACAUUGAUCACUUCUGGUAGCGAAGGUGUUAUCACAGAAUCAACGAAUUUCAGUACGAUUGUGAAUUUCCCUAACUGCUCUACAUCAGUGAAUGUCUUACAGAUUGUGUAUGCCUUGGGGGCUACUUGUGCUGCCUUGGUGAUCUGCAUUAUACUGGCACUGUGUGGCAUGUGUGUUACAAAAGGUCGCAAGUGCGUCACCAGAAGUAAACGCCGGACUCAACGUGAAAUGGUUGAAAAUCCUAUCUAUGCUGGGCCGAUAUACGAUAGUGUUAAUGAUGCGAGAGGACGGCUACUAUUGUCAGAAGCUUCCACACCCUCCAGUGUCGGCACACCGGAAUUCCCCCAGCCCAACAGUGUGAAGACUCUUGAGAACUCACUGUUAGCUCAGAGCUACGAGCCUCAGAAUCAGGCGACUGCUGAGCCGAGGUACAGCACGCACAACUCUGAUAGUGCUGACCAGUGCUACGUCAAGAUGAGAGGGAAGGUGGGCAGUACAACCAGCAAUGGAGUGAUAACCUUGGAUACGGUGAUGGAUGGAGAGUCUUCAAAUCCAUUUGCCCAAGUAUCUGAUGUCUGAUCAAUGAUCACUAUCAAUCAGAAAUGAAACAAUUCAAAGACAAUUAACAUUAUGCACUUCACACGCAAUAAUGCUUACAGCACCACCAUUAUGAAUUCUUGUAGUAUAAUUAUAGUGACAGUACAUUUUUUUUAUCAUGUAUAUGCAGGUAGUUUCUGUCAGAUUUAAGAUUUAAGAAGAGAUAAAGUGUACAUAAACAACUCA